AUGUCGUCGCGAAUCAACCAACCGUCGAACCAGAUCAAGCUGACCAACGUGUCCAUGGUGCGGCUCAAAAAGGGCAAGAAGCGCUUCGAGAUCGCGUGCUACAAGAAUAAGGUGAUGGAAUGGCGCUCCGGCGUCGAGACAGACCUCGACAACGUUCUCCAGAUCCCCAACGUCUUCCUCAACGUGUCCAAGGGCCAGACGGCGCCGAAAGAGGACCUCGAGAAGGCGUUUGGCAAGGGCAAGUCCACCGACGACAUCGUCCUGGAGAUCCUGAAGAAGGGGGAGAUGCAGGUCGGCGGCAAAGAGCGCGCGGAGCAGCUCGAGAGGGUGCACAACGAGGUCAUCGGCAUCGUGGCCAGCAGGCUCGUGGACCCGCGGACGAAGAGGGUGUACACGACCGGCAUGAUAGAGAAGGCGCUGGACAUGCUGUCGUCGGCGGCGCACUCUGCUGCGGAGGACGCGGCCGGCGCGGGAAAGAAGGGCGGCAGCAGCGCGGUGAACAGCGGCGCCGGAACGCCUGCGGGCGGGGAGGAGGGGGAGGCGAAGCCGAGGGAGAAGAGCGUGCCACACUGGACGGGCGUGGUGACGACCAAGUCGGCGAAGAGCCAGGCGCUGGAGGCGAUGAAGGCGCUGAUCGCGGCGCAGCCGAUCCCCGUGCAGAGGGCGCGGAUGAGGCUGAGGGUGACGUGUGUGACGAGCGUGCUGAAGCAGGCCGUCAAGCCGGCGGCGCCCAAGAGUGGCGAGGACGGGGAGCAGGCCAAGGCGGGGACCGUCAAGGACCGCAUCCUAUCUUUCGUGGAGCAGGUCGAGAGCCAGGACGUGCUGGGCAGCGAGUGGGAGGUCGUGGGCUUUGUCGAGCCGGGUGCGUUCAAGGGGCUGGGUGACUUUAUCUCGAGCGAGACGAGGGGACAGGGACGGGUUGAGGUGUUGGAUAUGGCUGUUAUCCAUGAAGACUAG